AGGGUGGGUCUCCAAUUCGCAGCAACCUCCACGUGGUGAGACCUGGAAAAUCAUUAUUAUUUACUAUAUUAUUCAUAAUUGUAUCAUGGAUACGAUUAUAAAUUUUAUAGGAAAUAUAUAUGAGCUAAUUGUCUGCGCUCGCGAUUUACAAUUUUUUUUUUAGAUUUUACGUUAUUUGUACAUUUUCAUUUUGAUUUUUGAAACUUGUGAUAUUUUGUCUAGGAAAUUAUAAUCAUCCAUCGUAGCAAAUAUAGGCAAAUAGAACAAAUAAUGUAAGAAGGAUAGAAAUAGAAUAAAAAAUGUUGAUGUGAGCAUUGUUCCGAUACUGUUUUAAUAAAAAAACAUAAGUUUGAUUAUUAAAGUCAGAUUAGAUAUAAUAAAUGUGACAGAUCAAUCAAUUUAUGGAUAUUCGCGGUUCACUAUAGUAUCGACUUGAAGUUUGAUACUGAUUUCAUUUAUCGUUUGUUGAUAAAAUAUAAUCUUGCGAUGAAUAAUUAUUAAUGUGUUAAUAAGAGUGAAAUGAAUCAUUAAAUAUAUUUGUCUUAUUCGAAAACAAUUUCAUGCAAUAAAAUUUAUUAAAUUUUUAGGUAUUCUCGAAAUUGUAGAUCUGUAAGGCAUAAAUUGAUUAUUAAAUAAAAUAUUAUGUUUUUAAUCAUAUUUUUGCCAUUUUUUAAAUAAAUAAAUAUUCAUGAAAACGAUAAAUUAUUUUUAAAACAUUCAAGGAAUUAUUUUUAAAAGAAAAAUAAAAUUUUUGAAAGCAAAAUUAAUCGAUUAAUUAGGAAAAAUUGAAUUACUCUGUAAGAAAGUAAUUAAUUAAUAUCAAAAAAUAUAGAAAUUAAAAGUUAAUAUAUUUUUAUAAACAAUUAUAAAUAUGUAUGAAUGAAUUAUUUAUGCUGAUGUUAUUGUGAGCAGGUAAGGUAGAAUGAAUCAAAAUUGAGCAUCAGCGCCAUCUCUUGAAGCAUGAUAGAUAAAUGUUUGUGCAGUUCGAGAGAUGGCAUUGAUGGUCAGUUUUCCAAUUAAUUUUAUCUUUGUCCUUUUUCCACUAUUUGCUCUUACAAUGGAUGAUUAUAGAUGAGUUAUGGGAUGUUGAUAAAUGUUUUCAUCAUUUUUUCUUUCAAAAUUACAAUGAUUUUCAAUCUUUAAUAUAGAAAAUAUAUAUAGGUAUUUUCAAUUUUUAAUAAAAAAUUAUGAAAUAUAUGAUAUUAACAUUAACAUAAUAUACUUUAAUAUUUGUUUUCUUUUAAGUUUAGUAAUAGUAGUAUUAUAGAAAAUUUAAUAUCAUUUAAAUUUUUUUAUUAAUUUAAUAAUACUUUUCCUUUAUUAUCGAUAUGAGUAGUUUUUAUAAUAAUCUUUAAUAAAAAGAUACUGAUGUCUUUUAAUGUGAUAUUUUUUCGUGAAAUGUAAUGAAACAAUUGUUGUAUAAAAAAUUUCAAAGUAGCGGUUGAAUAUGAAAUUAAAAAAUAAUAAACAUUCGUUAUAAAUAAAUACGUAAUUCUAAUAAAUAUCAUUACUAUUCGAAAUUCAUAAUAAACAUUUACGAAGAAGCACUAUUAUCGUUUGAAAGCGCCACGGUUGUUGGGCGAAACAUGCACUUGUAACACCUGUUUUAAAUAGGACGCUCUCGCGUCAAUUUACUUUUCUGUUUCAUAGCAAAUAAAUUCUUGGAUUUUUCGAGAAUAAAAAAAUCUUUUGAAACGAGAUAAUACGAGUAAUAACGGUAAUAUAUCAUUCAGAAAAGUGGCUCAAUGUUGAACGAUUUAAAGGGAGCCUUUUCUGUUUUACUUCUCUUUCUCUCUUUUUUUUUUUUUUGUUUGCUUUUAAUUCGUAUCUCACAUUUUCUUUUAUUUUUAGGAAGUCAACUUGAUUGCAUGGGCAUUAUGAAGCAGCACCUUUUUAUAUGGCUUCUUUCUCUGUGUCGUGUACCAAAGUAUUAGGAAGAAUGGUGGGCACGAGGCCGAGGUCCUCAACAGAGGAAGGUCCCCUCGAAAAUUUGUACCAUCGAUCCGAGGCCGCCACCGGGAUCGACCCGGUAUAUAAUCGCAACAGCUUAACCAAGCAACAAUCGGCGUUGAAAAGGUUUCGGUGGUCGCGUGACGAGCCGCAAUUUCGUUGGGUUACGGAGGAGCCGAGGGGAAACGGUCGAAGGAAGAGUCCCGAGUGGCGGAGCCUACGUCACUGUCCACGCUAUCACGAUUAACAGAGUGAACAGCACGAGACGUCCGCGCGCGCGAGCGAGAUGAAACGCGUGGCGAAGGAAAGGUAAAGGAAAGGAAAGGAAGGCGCGCAAGGUAAAGGCACAUCUGAAUCCUUCGGUUGACUCGGCUCAGUCUGAUCCGAGCCAAGCCACUGCCCUGAUCCCCGCCGUUCCUCGCUCGCUCUCUCCGCGCUUGGAUCCGCUCUUCUUCCUUUCCUGACACACGCCACCAACACACGCACGCCGUGCUCUAAUCCAUACCGGUGUCAUCGAUCACCGAUCCCGACUUCCUUCCUCCGCGUCGGUUCUCGCUGCGCGGUCAGUUCAAGUCGCGACCAGUUCCCGUCGAGUUCGGCCCGACAGACGAAAAUCACCACCUGACAUGUCACAGUGCACGCACCAGCACCGUGUCGAUCGGUACACGCGCGUCCAGUGAGCAACGACGACGCACCAUUCCAUCGCUGGUACACAGUUUUUUGUUCAGUUUCGCUCGUACGUGCUUUUCCUUUCUUCUCGGUUUUUCGUAUUAAUUCGAGGUUGGAAAAUUAUACGCGUCGUGACUCGUGCGCGCGCGUUUCGUGGAUAAUUUUUAUGGAUCCUCUCAGGUGGAUCCUCGACACACCGGAAGUGUGAUGACCCUUCCAACGAGGCGUGCUGCAUCGAUCAACGCGGCGACAGCGUGCCUUCGAUCUGGGAUCUGAGUUUUCGCGGCCAAGGAUGACCAAAACCGAUGAGCGGAUGAACGAGUAAAAGCCAGGAAGGAAUCACAAGGGAAACGAGGGGUCUGCCGAAGAAAGAGAUGGUGGUGGAGUGGCUCUGUCCUGGACUUAGGCCGGCCGGAAGCCGUAGGCCCCGUCUUCUUCACUGCAAAGUGAUACUUCUUGACGAGCACGAACUGUUGCAAGAUGUUUUGAGCUCGAACCUCGGCCAAGAACUGUUGGACAGGGUGUUCAGGCAUUUGAAUUUAUUGGAGACGGCUUACUUCGGGCUACGUUACCUGGAUCACGGUAAUCAGACGCAAUGGCUCGAUCCAAGCAAGAAGAUUGGAAAACAAUUGAAAGUCCAAAAAGGAGAUCCGAGCUCGGAUGUCCACACCCUCUAUUUCGGUGUGAAAUUCUACGCGGCCGAUCCCUGCAAACUCAUCGAAGAAAUCACAAGGUAUCAAUUUUUCUUACAAGUGAAACAGGAUAUUCUGCAAGGAAGACUUCCCGUGUCUUUCGACUUGGCUGCAGAAUUGGGAGCUUACGUCGUGCAAUCCGAACUUGGAGACUAUGAUCCAAGGCGACAUUCUGUAGGAUACGUCACAGAAUUUCGAUUCUUAGCGAAUCAAACUACGGAAUUGGAAAAUCGUAUAGUGGAACUUCAUAAAACUCUUGUAGGACAAUUACCAUCCGCAGCAGAGCUGAAUUAUUUGGAUAAAGUGAAAUGGCUGGAAAUGUACGGGGUUGAUCUGCAUCCCGUCUUGGGCGAAGAUAGCGUGGAAUAUUUUCUGGGUUUGACGCCGAGUGGGAUAAUUUUGUUGCGCAACAAGACCAAAGUGGGAAAUUAUUACUGGCCUCGAAUCAAUAAAAUCUAUUAUAAGGGUAGAUACUUCAUGCUGAGAGUGAGUGAAAAGAACUCCGAGGAGAGGACACACGGUUUCGAGACGCCGUCAAAGGGCGCAUGCAGACAUUUGUGGAAGUGUUGCCUGGAACAUCAAGCGUUCUUUCGAUUGAUGGCCACCGGUCCGCCACCGUUGAGCCCCUACUCUCGUUUCCGCUCGUACAGCCCGCCGUCUGGAUCCGAGAAGCACACCGUGAUCAGACGGAAUCCACCGCCUAUUUUCCAGAGGACACCCAGUCGCAGGGCCCAACGACGCGUGGUCGAGGGCCAAGAGAUGGUCGGCCCAUUUGUGGAAACGCCCGCGACGGUGAACUCGAAUUCGAACAGCAAUCCGAUCAGCGGAAAUGUUUUGUGUAAUACUCAAAGCGCGAGACAGGUGAAUAAUUCGAGUCCCAGGAGCACCAGGAGCGCGCCGUGGACUCAGAGCCAACCUCGUGGCCUUUAUACCUCGUCUAGUCCUCGGUCCGUCCGCUCCGCGGGAACGGCGCCGGCACUCUUGAGCAGACUCCAGCGACGGAGUAGCUCUGUAGAGAGUCAAAGUUCAGGGGACAGUCACAGUCGUGGUGGUCAUCGUAGAAGAAGUCAUAGUCAUAGCCAUCGAAGACACAGUCGUCAUUCUGAUUGUGAAUCUGAGCUUUCACGGGGUUCGGACACUAGGUCGGGUCAUCGUAAACACCGCAGAAAGCACAGAAGCUCUCGUUCGUCUAGACACGAAUUGGUAGAUUCUGAACCACAAUGGAGAGAAGCACAGAAGCGGAAGGGCGAAGGAGUUCAACGGGCUGUUGUGAGUCAUACAGAACCAAGAAGAAGGCAUAGAAGUAGACACCGGAGUCCUUCUCAAAAGCAACCACUGCCAGAUGAGCUUAGGAAACACUUGGAGUUUGGGCUAGUCGAUACUUCUGGAAUGAGUGAACAGCAACGACGAGAGAUACCAUAUACGGUGGUUCAAUCGCAAACGUCCGUGCAACAAUGUACUCUACAAUCUAGUAAUUCUCGAUUGGACGAUGCAGACUCGUCGUCCCUACCUAGAACGAUCGGAUCCGUUGGCAAAAGAAACAGAAGAAUGAUACAACAUAGUCACGAUGGAAGUUAUAAUUUGCCACCAACCAGACCGAGUCAAGUUGAUAUAAAAUACUACGAUGGUAAUAGGAGCGAGUGCAAUAUGAGGAAGGACUUUUAUUAUACACGUAACAACAGAAUAUUGAUAGGAAGUAACGUGGACAGUGGGCUCGGGGAAAGUACACCGCAAGAAUUUUCAAGUUGCUGCUCAAGCUCUGCCGACAGCGCUAAGCCUACUCGGGUACCGCAAAUGCAAUUAGGGGGAGAGGUACGCUAUGAACUGUCUUCAAAUCAAGAAAUCUACCCUCCUGUUGAUACUACUCUGGAUGCUGUUCUUCAGCCCAUUAUAUCAACUUUAACAAGGAGGCAACGGAACCGCCCGAAUUGAGCAUGAAGCUUUAAAUAAAUACAAAUAGACAUUUAUGCACAUAUUGUAUAUUUAAGAAAAUUUUUAUACCUCAUUCAAAUUAAAUAUCUAUAAUCCCAUCA